AUGGAGGCCAAUGAGCCCAAUCCUCUGUCGCAGCCGCCCACAAACCCUUCUAAUGCGCCCGCUCCCCCUCCAAACCCGCCAAGCAUCGAAUCUGCCUAUAAGCAAAAAUGCAUUGAUUUAAAGAAACGCCUCCAGGAAAUCGAAUCUCACAACGAGGCACUGCGCGCCAGGAAUGAACGGGGCCACCGAUACCUGCAGAAGAUGCGGCUCGAGUCCUGCAUCCUCCUUGAACGCCUUGGCCUUCUUACUGGAAUGACAGAUGAGAAUGGGCCUGGCCCUGAGAUUCGCGCUCGCGCGCUGGCUCUUAUGAACCAAGCUACCUCUCUACUUGAUGAUCACGAGGAGGGCUCUGCAGACCGCCCGUCAGGCCCAAGGCGCGUUCCUGAUGAAGAGGAUUACUUGGAUGAUGAAAGUGUUGGAAGCGCAGAAGAUAGGCCUCCUACCCCUGAGGAACGGCCCGUUCGUACCAAGAGGAAUCGCAAGACUGAAGACCAUGCUAAGAGUCAUGGAGCGGGGGAGAACAAUGCCGACUCUGUUAGCUCUUCCCUUCCCACCCUUAUGCCUGCCCCUGUUCCACACACCCCUGCGACUGGAUAUAACCAGCCUGGACUUUCGUCUCAAAACCCCUUUACACCUAUUGCUCCCAACUCGGUUGCUUCAGCGCCCUUAGACGUGCAUCGCUCGGCUGGAGUAGCCACAUCACCUAUCCAAUCAGCUUCUGAUUCGCGCAAUCAGCAUAUGGGCAACAGUUUUACUCCAGUUGCAUCGGCCCAGGAGCAGCAGCAUCGAUAUGUCUCCGCAUUUGAGGACUUCACUAAUCGAAACAGAGACAAAAUAGCUAGUGUCCUUUACCGCUCUCGCAGAUCCCAACUCUCCGACGAAGAUAUUGACCGCGCCGUCAUCGAACACUGGGAGGAUUUGGAUCCCGAAGAGAAACGUGAAUACGGCGACCGUCUCGGCAAGAGAGGUGCCAUUUGA